AUGCGUAGACCCUACGUAGAGCCAGGCCAUCGCUCUGCCCGCCCAGGCAUCAGGCAUCGAUCUCGAUCCAAUGGUCCUGACCGCAAAGGUCGUGACCCCAAUACUCUUGCCUCCUCUGCCCGCGAUGGCGACACUCGUCGCCCUGGACGACUUGCUAGCGAAGGCGAGACCGAUCAGGACGACUUUUACAGCGACAACGAUGACCAAGGCUUUGUCACUCAGACAGACGACAACGCCGUCACAGCAAAUGAAGAUAUCGACGGCGAGCAAGACGACCUUGAAGACGAUGACCUCCUUGACCAUAACAAGGUCGAAGAUGCUCGUUCUGCCCACUCUGGCCGUUCGGCUCCUCGAGCCGCCCCAGCACUCCGUCACGCCCGCAUCAACGAGCAGGACGACGAUGAAGAUGCCGACUGCGAUGAUGAGGACCGUGGUAUGCGUACACCUCGCAACCAGAGCAGAAGCAACCUCGCUGCUACUCCCCGCAGCAGCGGUCGCCCUCGGGCCCACUCCCGCUCUAGCAAGCUUGCUCCAGAGGAAGAGGAUUGGGCCGUCAAGGAUGAGGCCAAGCGUCGUAAAGGCGGCGUCUUUGGCAGACUGAAGCGUCUCGGACGCAAGCCAAAAGAAUCCAACCAAGAUUCCGGCAGAAUUCGCGAGGGCGCCAACGCUGAUGUCGUCCUUGGACGAUCCUACGGCGCCGUACGAGAGCUACGCAGCCGUAAGAGCUCUCUUCAACAACCCCGACCCGAGUCGAUCCCAUCCUAUCGCACACGUGAUCGCGCUUCCUUCCGAAGAGGCGCUGCCAGUGCUGCUGUGUCUUCGGGUGUUGCCGCUAGCGCAACUCGUUCCUCCGGACGUGGAAGCACACUCGGCAACUCAGGCCGUGGCAGUGGCUUCGACGAUGACUUUGACAGCGAGCUCGGCACCGCCCGCCAGAGCUCUCGUCUGCCUGCGCGCCAGCCUCCAUCCGUCAUUGCUAGCGACGAUGGCUCUGACCUUGGUCAAGCGAAAGACGGAACUCUCCCCAUCGCUGACGAGCCUCCUCGUAUCCCUGUUCCCAUCGCUCUUCGCGAGGCUGAGAACGCCCGCUCGCCUCAGCUUGUGCACCCUUACGCUGAGCCCGUGACCACAGAGCCGCAUGGCCGCUCCAAGUCGCUUGCCCAGAGUGUCCAACCAAGCGUCCUCGAUGCCAGCGAUGCUGCUUCCGUUAUCCCGCCCUCCUCCCCACUCAUCCCACUCUCUGGCCCCCUCAGCCACAACGACGCUGUCGUGCCCAGCCAGCGUGCCUCCAUGCAGUCUAUGCGCGACAACGAGAUUGACGAGGAGACCAUGUCACGAUCUCGCAAACCGAGCAUGGGCCUUCGUGCCGCCGCCGGUGGUGCUCUUGGCGGCCUUGCUGCUAUGAUCGGCUUCGAUGCCUUGCGUGAGAGAAAAAACGGUCUCCCUCCUAAGGAUGAACCCAUAUCCACAGCGCUCGGCCUCACUACCGACAGCCAAUCUACCGCUCGCGAUCCAGCCGCAUCGACCACUUCGCUCAACACUGCUGUUCAGGCAGCUCCAACUCAAGACGUGGCUGCUACCAAAUCGGAUGUCACGCUCCUGCCGCGAAAGAACCGAAGACAGAGCAGCAGAGUCUCUGUCUUGUUUGGCGCCGCCGACGCGGAAGCAGCCUCUCCCACGGCUGGUGUUACACGCGAUGGCCCCUCUGAGUUGCCAUACGUCGUCGAUGACGAUGCUGCUGAGCGCAAGUCUUCGCUUGCUCCAGCUCUUCCAGUGUCUGCAGCUCUUGGAGGCGGUCUUGGAGGUAUUGCUGCUGCCAACCUCGCCACUGGCCUUACUUCUCAUGAUGUCGAGGAAGCACUGGCCGACGGCAAGAAGAAGAGGAAGAAGAGCAAAAAGAACAAGAGCAAAAGUCAAGCCUUGGAUGACGAGAAGUCUGUACUCGUCGCAUCCAAUGUCGAGCCACAAGCUAGUCGCGCUAAGAUGGUCGAAGUCGACUCGGCUCCCAUGUCCAGGGCGGCAGUUGUGCCAGUCGCAAAUGGCGACGCUGUUCAAGCUAGGGGCUUCGCCACCACAGGCUCGGCGACCGAAGCUUCGGAGCUCGCCGAUGACGAAGCUGGUGGUCCUCCCUCGACCGUGGCACCGAUUGGCGAGAAAAAUGGAUACAGCCAGCUUGGUAUGGCUGCCUCCGCUGCACCCAUUGCUGCUGCUACUGUUGCGGGCGGUCGCAAGUCUAGGGCUGCCAAACCAGCCAAGGGCAGCCGCGGCGUCGAGAAGCUUCUUGAUGUUGAUGAAGAUGAUGCCGGUCUCCGACGCAACAUCCCUGCUCCUGACAAGGGUGGCUACCUCCUUACGCCCAGUAUCGCUCCCAGUGUCGCUGACCCUCUUGAUGCAGGCCGCAACCGUCUCACCAGCUCGAAGGGCAACUGGCUCACCAAAGACCUUUCGCCUCAGCAGACGCACUACUUCCUGCGUGAGCUCUCAAUGCGUGAGCUCAAGUGGGAACUCGACCGUGCUUGGUUGAUCAGCAGCUUCGAGAAGCCCCAGCGUCCUACUCGACGUGUCCGCAAAGACUUUUCUAAUGUCGAGGACGAUUCGCGAAUCAACGACUUUGACGAAUCGUCCGACGAAGAAUUGCUCGCCAUGGAUGAGGACGAGGACGAAGAGGCAGUCUUCCGACGUGGACCGCAGCAGCUCGGUGCAUUGUACAGCCAGGCUAGCAUCCCUGAUCUGCCGCUGUUGCGCUUUCUCUUCAAGAACGCUUUCUGCACCUUCCCUCUCUUCGUUGCUCCCGAGGACAAGAUCGAUCAGUAUGUCGGCGGUCCUCCUGACAAGGCGACACUCGCCCGCACCUACUUCUUCAUUGGUAUCCUGCCACUGCUCCGUGCCGUACAAACGCGCUGGUUGAGCGAGUGGGUCGACCGUCACGGUGAAGGCGACGGCACUCCCUUCAGUGCUGUCUCGACUGUUGGCUCAGUUCGAUCCUUGCUCACCAAAUGGGCUUCUCGAUACAUCACCGCCAUUCUUCGCGUCGGUCCCGGUGAUCCCUACUUUGAGGACGACGAGGCGAUUGGAAAGGAAUCUUGGCCAUGGCCAGCUUCCAACCUUCUGCCUCCUGAGGCCUACUAUGCCUUCCGCAAGCCUCUCGACCGCCUCAAGUACGGAGGCUACGAAGUCGAUCUCAUUGGCAUCCGAAGGCACAGCGCAACUGAGCGAGACUACAUCAUCCGUCUUCGCCGCCCCAACGCACCUGAUCAGUAUGUCGUGCGUAACGACAACGACUUCGAAGAGUUCCGCCGCAAUCUCUCCAAGGAUCUUAGCCCCUUCGCUUUUGUAAAGCCUCUUCCUCGAACACGUGGUCGCCCUGAUGAGGGAGAGAGCGAUGUUGAGGACGGAAGCCCUUAUGGCUCGGUUCGUUCCGAAAACUUCAAUGCAGCCGGUCUGGGCUCGGGAGCGCUGUACAAGUCGUCGCCAUCGGUUACUCCGGUUCGCAGCGGCAGUAUCGACAGCAGCCGUCGUCUACGUGGAGGUGGACGUGACGGUCGCAGACGUUACAGCUCUGCAGUUCGCGACGGUCGGCCCAUUCUUAGCCGAGACGCGCCUUCUGAGCAAGACAGCGAAGCUUUCGAGGACACCGCCGAUGAGCUUGCGGAUGACGACGACCGAUCAGAGGCUACCUUGCAGCCUCGACGCGGUGCCUCUCGUCGUGGCCCCGUCCAGGAUGAGAAGAAGGGCCCAUCACUGCUGUCUCGAGGCAAAGGCUCUUUGCGUCGCCUCACUGGCAUGGACACGUCUCCCAAAAGCCGAAGCAAUUCUCUGCGACGAAAGGAAGGAAGCAGUGGAUUGCAGCGUCGACGUCCCCUUCCUGCUCCUUCCCCUCCCGCCGCCGCAGCAGGCAACCUCGAGCGUGGAGGGGGUUCUGUUCGACGACCCCCUCCUGCCGGAGCCAUGGACUUUGACGCCCGUCGCAACAAGCUCCGCACCUGGCUGCGCGACACUCUCUCCAUUCGUGAAUCAAGCCACGCUGCCGAGACCCAGAACUUCCUCACCAUCGGUGGCUUCCCCGAACGCGCUCUCCGCCGCACCGACUUGGAUGACAUCCAGGAGCGUCGUCGAGAAGACCGUCACCGUCGUCAAGAGCAUGGACGAGAUGCUGCUGAAGCAGGUGACGAUGUCCAUGACCUGCGUGAAGUGCGCGACGAGAUCUGGCUCGACUGUGUCGACGGCGACGGUUUCCUCAAAAUGUACGAUGCUCUUCGUGAGACUUCCGACUACGCCCGUCUGCCGCUUGGAUAUCAGAAGAUGGUAUCGUGGGGCAACCUGCAGAUGGCACGCUGGCUCUACGGAGUCUUUGUGGCCGGUGACGAGUCCCGCGCCAAUUUGGCCAGGGUGCAGGAUGUCUACGAGUCGAUUCCAUGGAAGAAGCUUGCCUUUGCGAUGAAGUCGCCUGUUGCUCAAAUGAUGCGAGCUUGGAGGGAUCAGUUCCUGCGACGUGGCUUCUUGCAAGCUAUGCUGCAUGUCAUGCUGGAAGACGAGCCCGAGACAAUCGAAGAGGAUCUGGUCGAGCUUCGAAGAGCCAUUGGCUCCGAGGUCAUGUUCCAGAAGCUUCGUAUCUUUGUUGAAUCACCAGGCGAUCUCAAGCGUCUCAUCCGACAGCAUGCUGAGAAGGCAGAGGUGCCUCUUGUCGCUGCUAUCGUCCGUGGCUCGGAACAGCCUAAGCUGAACAAGGCCGAAGUGCAGCGUGUUAUGGAUGCAACGCAGGCUUACCAGGACUUCAUGAAGACGGUCCCUUCGACCACCAAGAAGAACAACCACAAGGAACCAGGCUACCUUCUCAUCACCAACUUGCAGCGAGCCCUCCGUCUGCUUUCGCUCCAACGCGACGGUACUCAGGUCCGAGGCAUGCUUCAGGAUCCCAUCAUCGCCGAUGCACUCGCUACCGUCUUUGAGCCUCUAAUGGAAGAAAUCCGACGUCUACACAAGAUCAAGGGUAUCGGAGGAUCGAUCAUGGAGCUUCAAUCUUUCCUUGGGCGACUCAUGGACCACCUCACUGGGCUGCGCGCACGUAUCAUGGACCCUUUGCACGCAGUGAACGGCAUUGCAGAGAUUUUGGAUGAUGCUGCUCCUCACUGGUAUCGAUUCUUGCGUGCUGCUGCGGACGCAACUCCGACGGUGUUCAGCUUCUUCGCUUGGUUCCGACACUUAGCGAUGACUGUUGGUGCAGGGUCGGAAGACUUGGCACAAAUUUGGACCAACCCUCCCGCUGCACCGGCCGGUGAGGAUGAGACUGGUUCAGAGGGAGAUCGUCAAUCGGUCAAGCCUGACACCAUGCCUGCUUACGACGGUGCUCUGGAUCCUGCUACGAUGCGCGACAUCAACUCGCUGGCGGAACACGGUAGACGCAAGCGUAACAGACAGAUGGAGAUCGCCUGUCGAUGGGCUGCGGGCGAUACAGAGGAGCAUCAUCCAGUUCAAGUGCAGGGUGAUGGCAAGGGUAGGACGAGGACGGAUCCUUACUUGCCUCGUGAGCCUCGACCGGCUAGGAAGGCACCCGGUCUGGACAGGUUCAGGAAGUCGUUCCGCGAGGCUGUUUCCAGCGCUCUUACCCGUUGA